AAAAAAAAAAAAAAAAAAAAAAAAUAGCACCCCACAAAUAGAGCGAAAGAAUGAACAUCCUCCACUCCACCCUAUCAACCUGGCGGGAUCGCCUCGCCCCGGUCUCACGAACCUCUACCUUCCGCACAACAGGGCAGAUCACCCCCGAGGAAUUUGUGCUUGCGGGCGACUACCUCGUUUACAAGUUCCCCUCGUGGUCGUGGGCUGACGCCGCAACCCCAGCGAAGCGAGUCUCCUACCUGCCUCCCGGAAAGCAGUUCCUGGUGACCCGCGGGGUACCCUGUCACCGACGCCUGAACGAGAAUUUCGCCGGAGAUGCGAACCUCGAUGACGAGAUCGUGCGGGACAUGCUCUCUGGUGCGGCGGAUGACGAUGGCUGGCUGCGUACGGGGGGAGGUGGGGAGCGCCACGAAAGUCGGAUCGGGGAUGUAAGGACGGUAGACGAGGCGGGCAAUCUAGCGGAGCGGGAGGAAGAAGAAGAAGAAGAAGAAGAGGAGAUCCCGGAUAUGGAGGAUGAUGACGAUGACGAGGCGAUUAUCCGAGAGCCUGUGGGAGGGUCUGGGACUACGCAGCCGACCCGCACAUACAACCUCUACAUCACGUAUUCGAACUUCUACCGGACACCCCGUCUCUACCUAUCUGGAUACCUUUCGCCGUCGGAGCCGCUCCCGCCGCAGCUGAUGAUGGAGGAUAUUGUCGGCGACUACAAGGACAAGACUGUGACCCUGGAAGACUUUCCUUGGUUCGAGGGCAGCGUCAAGAUGGCCACGGUACACCCCUGCCGCCACGCCGCGGUGAUGAAGACCCUCCUGGACCGCGCCGACGCAGCUCUCAAGCUGCGCCGCGAGAAACUCACGCAAGCCGGCGGCGAGUCUGCCUCGGGCUCUCCUCCCAAGCUGCUCGCCAGUGAAAGCGGCCUCGAAGGUCUCGUCGAUGACAUCAAGGCACUUUCUCUAAGCGACGCUCAGAAGCAAGCCGCGGACAAGGCAGCGCAGUCUGGCGGAGACGAAUGGGAGGUUCUGCAGCAUGACGAGGAAGACCAGGUUGCGAUCCGCGUGGACCAGUACCUGGUUGUUUUCCUGAAGUUCAUUGCGAGUGUGACUCCGGGUAUUGAGCAUGAUUACACCAUGGGAGUGUAAAUCUUUUCUCUCAGAUCGAAUCUCCGAUACACUUUCCAAUCUUGUCUUUUUUUUUUUUUUUUUUUUUUUUU